UGCCGCCAUUGUUAAGGUGACCCAGCUGGGGGCAGGACUGUCGCGUGGAGGAGCAGGUGUACCUUGUUGCAAGGGCAAAACCUGGAGUGAGGCUGGGGGAAAGAAGAACAGAGACGGAGGGAGAUCCCGAGAUGGUGGGGGCAGCUCCCGUGCCUGGCUCCCGAGGCGGCGGUGGCUGGAGCUCCUGUUUGCCAGUGGUCCUAAGAGGCAGAUGCAGCAGUCCCUGACCCCCAUCACAUGGGUGGGAGCCUCCACCAGCUAUGGAGAAGGAUGCGGCCACCUCGCCACAUGAUCCCUCCCGAAUAAAACGAAAGCCACCUCCAGAUACAUGCUCCAGUGCCUCACUCUCUAUGCAAAACCUGGAGAGUAGAGACCUGCUCCAGUCCCUGGAGGAAGCUGGCUCAGCAGGGGGUGAUGUGAGGACUGGAAUUUUAACCAGGAGCUUUCUCCUUUUGCUCUUCUUCAUUCAUACUCAUGCUCGAUACCUCCCAGAAGACUGCUUUAUUUAUUUCUAGGAAAACGGCACUGGGCAGUCAUUGUCACCUCCCCACAUUUGGACAUUUUCUUUUGGCUCCAUUGGGAGCCUAGAGCCCAGUGGUUGACAUAAUUGACACACUGGGAAGCUGGGCAAGAAGUGGCCAGGGUCCGCCGGCAGAGGACGGAGCCGUAGGGUCCCAGGAUGGUACCUAAUGGCACAGCCUCUUCAUUUUGUCUGGACUCUCCCCCAUGCAAGAUCACUGUCAGCGUGGUCCUCACUGUCCUCAUCCUCAUCACCAUUGCCGGCAACGUGGUGGUCUGCCUGGCUGUGGGCCUGACCCGCCGGCUCCGCAGUCUGACCAACUGCUUCAUUGUGUCUUUGGCUAUCACCGAUCUGCUCCUCGGCCUCCUGGUGCUGCCCUUCUCGGCCUUCUACCAGCUAUCCUGCAAGUGGAGCUUCGGCAAGGUCUUCUGCAACAUCUAUACCAGCUUGGAUGUGAUGCUCUGCACGGCCUCCAUCCUCAACCUCUUCAUGAUCAGCCUCGACCGGUACUGCGCUGUCACGGACCCCCUGCGCUACCCCGUGCUGGUCACCCCAGUCCGGGUGGCUGUCUCCCUUGUCUUAAUUUGGGUCAUCUCCAUCACCCUGUCCUUCCUGUCUAUCCAUCUGGGGUGGAACAGCGGGAGUAAGAACAGCAGUUUCAAUCACACCAUCCCCAAGUGCAAAGUGCAGGUCAACUUGGUGUACGGCUUGGUGGAUGGGCUGGUCACCUUCUACCUGCCGCUGCUGGUCAUGUGCAUCACCUACUACCGCAUCUUCAAGAUUGCCCGGCAUCAGGCCAAGAGGAUCCAUCACAUGGGCUCCUGGAAGGCGGCUACCAUCGGGGAGCACAAAGCCACAGUGACACUGGCCGCCGUGAUGGGAGCCUUCAUCAUUUGCUGGUUCCCCUACUUUACCGUGUUUGUUUACCGGGGGCUGGUAGGGGAUGAUGACAUCAACGAGGCCAUUGAAGCUGUUGUUCUGUGGCUGGGCUAUGCCAACUCAGCCCUGAACCCUAUCCUGUACGCCACGCUGAACAGAGACUUCCGCACAGCAUACCAGCAGCUCUUCCGCUGCGGGCCCACCAGCCACAGUGCCCAGGAGACUACUCGGAGGGCUGGCAGCUCUCAGCUGACCAGGAACCAAAGCCGAGAACCCAUGCAGCAGGAAGAGAAGCCCCUGAAGCUGCAGGUGUGGAGUGGGACAGAGGUCACAGCCCCGAGGGGAGCCUCAGACAGGAAGCCAGCGCUAUCCUGCACUGUGUGCUCCAGCAACCUUCUAAGCUGCUGCAAGAGUCUGUGGGGGCUUAGGUUCCUCCAGAGACACAUGAGAGGCCCCUCAGAGGAGCAACCAGGCGAGCCACUGUCCGAGGAGCCACUGAGGACACCACCCCAGGAAGCGGUGAGGACUCUGCCCUCCGAGGCUGUCUAGACCCGGCCCAGGACACAGAAGACACUGCUUCUGGUCACCAAGAUUUGACUCCUGGAGCCCAAAGGAGGUCCCAGAAGCCCCCAGAGCCACCCUAGCCUGAGUCUAGGGACUCCCGGAGCACACAGCGGGGUGCUGGGGUCCUCGGGUCUAGUGCGGAGCAGCCUGUUCUGUGCUCAGCAUCCCCAGCAGAUGUUCAGAACUCUCCUGGGCCUGGGUCCGCUGAAUCCCCCGGGGUCAAAGCUCACGUUGGUGCUGGCCCUGAGUCAUGAGCAGAGAUGGCUGGGCAUGGCAGAUGUGUGCACAGAUGUGUGCGUGGAGUUGUACACACAGGAAUGCGCAGGUCCUCUGAGCACAGCAGAGGGUGUUGCCAUAAAGAGUUAGCCUCUCACUCUCUCACAGGUUCUGUAGGAUGAAGGGAAGGAAAGGCGAGGGAAGGGAAGGGAAAGACAGGAAGAAAAUUAGCCUUUCCUGAGCACCUGCCGUGUGCCAGGUACUUCCUCUGCUUGAGCUCGCGUAAUCCUUAUAACACGUGGUAAGAAUCACCAACCUGCUUCACAGAGGUAGAAACUGAGGCUCCAGGAAGACCGGGGCCCGCCCCAGGGCUCUCAGCUAGCACGCGAGCCUGGCUCCUAGGAAGCGCUCGAAAAAUAGUUGUCGAGGGAAGGAAGGAACGGGAGCGUGGGCAAAGAGCCAGGCCUCGAGCCCACGUUCUUGACUUGACAUUGCACUGCUGUUCAGGAGAGAGGUCAAGGUGUUUGCUUGACUCAGCCUAGCCUUCUCUUAGCGGGGCUCCGCUCCGGAGCCUGAGGGGUGCCUUCGUGCUGCAGUUCUGCCCCUCUCUGGUGCUGUUCAUCAACAAGAAGUGGUGCGGAGCAGAGCCAAUGGCGGGGCAGGUGGUGGGGGGGGUGGGCAGUGUGCCAGAGUCAGGGAGAGAUGGCAUUGGGGGGUGGGGGCCUGGGGGGAGGGAGUCGACCCCACAGCGUCCUCUGCUGGAUGUGUGACCUUGGGUGCAUCGUAGUGAUCUCUCUGAGCAGCUCUUGACGCCUCCAUCCAAGGGGGUAAGAUCCCCUUUGCUAUUUUCAGGGUUGUUGAAGAGACCCAAGGAGGUGGGGGUGGUGACACCCCGAGAAACAAGGGUAUGCAUGGACUCUCCCUGCUAACCCCGGCCCCUCCCUGAGUCCGCUCCUCCCUUGGUUCCCCCUCCGUGCGCACCCAGGCCUUCUCGGCCCUCUGGCGGCUCACUGUCCUCUCCCCGGCUGUCAGGUGUGCCUGUCCCAUGAGCCUUCUCUUCUCACUGCGAUUUCUCUGCCUCUGUGGCCUCGUCUGCACCCUCGUAACCAAAGUCACCAGGAGACUUAUCUGUGAGGAGAUUACUCCCAGGUUUGUGCCUGGAGCCCGGGCUUCCUUUGGGAGUUUUCCACCCGACCCCUCUACCUGGGUGUUUUGAAGGCACCUCACUUUUAGCACGUCUGCAGCCACACUCCUGACCGUUUCCCUGCACCUGUUCCUCUGCCAGGUCCCCCGUCUCAGACAGAAGUAUGCCACUGGCUUCGCAGCCCGAGGUCAGCCUUAGCUCCUCGUGGUCGGUUGUCCCGGUCCCCAGCUGCACAGGUACCCACCAUCUGCUUGAUUCUGUCCGCACUCGGCCCCACUGCCGUCCUUGGUCAGGACAAAUGAGACGGCUGCCUGACAGCUCUCCAUGUUCCCCACUGGCCUCCGACCAGCCCCCCCGCCCAGCAGCCACAGCGGGCUGUGCGAAACUUGGACGUGCUCACACGGCGCACGCAGGCGACCCUCUUUCUCCUGGCCCACCGGCCCUGCGAGCUCAGGCCUGACAGGGCCCUCCAGCCUCCUCCUGCCACGUUCCCCUCUGCCUCUUCACCCCAACCCGCCUGGCUUCUCCUUUCUGUUUGUUUAUCCUCCUGCUCCUAGCCGCCGCAGGGCCACGCACAAAGCUGUUUCCAUGACAUGGAAUGCUCUUCCCACCCAUCUGGCCAUGAGAGCUCAGCUGAAAUACCACUUCUUGAGGAAGUCUUCCUUGACCCACCCCAUUAGGUCAGGCCUCCCACACACACACACCACAACUGUCCUCAGAAGCCACUGCGUGUUUGUAAUUUACAGUCAUCCGUGUGACUCCCUCACCCUUGUCUGUCUCCCCCGCUCAGGAGGUCAUGGGCCCUGCCUAUUUCUGCUGACCUUUGUAUGUCUAGUCCCUAGAAGGGUGCUUGGCACCUAGUAAGGGCUUUAAGCAGUUUAUCUGCCAAAACACCUGAAGGCAUGGUUUGCCGCCAGUGACCCUCAGAGGUGCUCAGUCUCUUGGCUGGAUUCCUUCUGGAAGCCCCAGAGUCCCCUCCUAAGCGGUUUUGCCGGGAGUCUGAGGCAGGUGGGUCUCUAAGUCAUGGCCAAGUAGUUGGAGGCAUAAGACCCAGUCUGGCUCGCCACAGUCUCAGCUGUUCAGGGCUCCAACCCAGCGUGCCCACACACCACCCGCCAUGGCAGGGGCCUCUUUGGGUCUGUGUCUGAGCUGCCCCCACCCUUCUGGAGGCUCCCUGGAGCCUCUGCUGGCUGCAGAAGUGGGGCACAUGCUGUCUAGAGGAGGGGAGCAUCUGUGAUGGGCCCCCAAAUCCAUGUUCUGUGUUACCAUCAUGUUCCAAUAAAGCUAU